AUGUCAAUUUUUAAAUUAAGAGCAUUAUUUAAUAUUAUUAUUUAUUUAUUUUAUAAUAUUAGUUUUUUAAAUUCAUCUAAUAAUGUUCAAGAAUAUUUUGGUAUGCCUGUUGGAGCUAUAUAUUAUGGUAUUGGAAAAAUGAGUGGUGAAAUAUAUGCUGGUGAUUAUAAUACAAUUUAUAUUAAUAGAUAUCAUCAUAAUCCUAAAGAAAAAGGAUGUUUUGCAUUAAUGGUUGGACCAGCAACAGAAAAUGAUAUUUAUAAAAGUUAUUCUAUAGGAAAUUAUGGUAUACUUUUAUCAAAAAAAAAUUAUACUGAUAUAAAUACAAAUGAUAUUUCAAUUGUUAAAAGAAAUAAAAGAGGAUGGAAAAAUGUAAUAGAAACAAAUUUAAAUUAUAAUAAUAAGGAAAAAAUUACUAAUGAUAAUAGUAAUUUUAAUUCUCCAGAUAAAUUAAUAUUUAAAAAAAAUCCUAAUGCUGAAUAUCGUUAUCAUCCAAAUAUAAGAAAUGAUAAUAUAAAUGAAUAUAAUAAUAAUAAUAAUAAUAUAUCAAUACCUAUUACAACAAUAAAACCAAAAUAUUGGGUUAUUGAUGAUCCUAGAGCUGCUAGAAAAAAUGCUAAAGAAAAAGCUAAUAAAUUAAGAGGUUUAGGAAAUUAUCCAUCUAAAAAAAAUAAAGCAUUUUCAACAAAAACAAUAAAUAGUUUUAAUUAUAUUUAUGAAUUACCUAUAACAAGAGAUUCAUAUACUAUUAAAAAAUUUUAUCUACCUAGUAAUACAAAUAUAACUGAUUAUAAAUGGAUUGGUUUAUAUGAUAAAUGUGUUCAAAAAACAAUACCUUUACUUACACUUAAAGAUAUUGAACCACCAAAAGCAGAAAAAAUUGCUCCAUUAAGUGGAUGGGAACAUAAUAUUACAUCUUAUAGAGUACAAGUAUUAAAUUGUAAUACAAUUUUAAUUCCUGGUUUUACAUUUGAUGCUAAUAGUGCAUUUUCCAAAAAUACAUUCAUGUAUGUUGGUAUGGGUUCUUUUCCUGAAAAAAUUUUAUCACAAUAUAGAGCACAUGUUAAUAAUCAAAAUCCUGAUAUACCAUUACGUUUUUAUAAUCAUGAAGAUAUAUAUGUAACAUUACCUUUAGAUUUAAAAACUUUUGAUGUUGACUUUUUAUCAAUAUACAAUGAUGAUGAAAAAAAAUCCUAUGGUAAUAUUAUUCUUCCAAGUGUCUUAGUACCACCAUGUUUGAAGGCAGAAGAUGAAACUAGAUUAACUGGAAAAGCAAAGCAAAUUUGA